CCCCAGGCCAGCACACUCCGAGACCCAUUCAUAUUGGCAAGCAUUGGCCUGGCCGCGUUCAGUCUUCUGUCGAAUGUCGUAGCGUGCACAUCGUCUCCAGUCUCUUCUCCAGUCUCCACCUCAAUCCGAACCCGACUCGAUUCGAUUGGAUUUGAUCCGAACUGUGUCACUCCGCUGCAGUCUCUAUCCGCUAGUCUCGCACCGAAUCGCGUUCGUGUGUGACGUGUUUGUUUCAACGAUAUUGCAAGCGUUUUAAUUGAAGAGAAGAAUCCCAACCACUCGAGCAAGAUGACGGUGGAUCUAUCGCCCGUGCAGGAGUACUACAAGGACAAGACGAUCUUCAUUACUGGAGCGUCGGGGUUCAUGGGCAAGGUGCUGCUGGAGAAGCUCCUCUACUCCUGCCACUCGCUCAAGGAGGUGAUCAUCAUCUGCCGUCCGAAGCGGGGCAAGACCGCAGAGACGCGUCUGGAGGAGAUGUACAAGCUGCCCAUCUUCCAGCGCAUCAAGGAUGAGCGCCCCCACAUGCUCAAGAAGGUGACCAUCUACCAGGGCGACGUUACCUUUGAUUUGCUGGGUCUGAGCGGAGACAGCUUGAAGCAUGUGACCGAGAACACCAACAUCGUGUUCCAUAUGGCGGCCACCCUCAAGCUGGAGGGCAAUCUGCGCGACGCCAUCGACAUGAAUCUUGUGGGCACCAAGCGCGCCCUGGCAGUGGCCAAGCAAAUGAAGAACCUGGAGGCCUUCAUCCACCUGUCGACUGCCUUCUGCAACUGCGAUCAGGAGGUGAUGUACGAGAAGGUCUACGAGUUCCCCCACAAGCCCGAAGAUCUCAUUCGCAUGGCCGAGUGGAUGGAUGUGAAGACCCUCGACACCAUCACCCCUGAUCUUCUCAAGCCGCACCCAAAUACCUACACCUACUCGAAGCGCCUGGCCGAGAUCCUGGUGCGCGACCACUACGAGAGCAUGCCGGUGAUUAUCGCCCGCCCCAGCAUCGUGUCGCCGUCGGCCUACGAGCCCGUGCCCGGAUGGGUGGACAAUCUGAACGGACCAACCGGCCUGAUAGUGGGCGCUGGCAAGGGCGUCAUCCGCUCCAUGCUGAUCGACACGCGCUUUCUCUCGGAGGUGAUACCGGUGGACUAUGCCAUCAAUGGGCUAUGCGUGAUCCCCUACCAGUUCGCGGGGCUAAAGGAGAAGCCCGCGGAGGUGCCCGUCUACAACAUCACGUGCGCCGACCACCGAAAGAUGCAGUGGGGCGACGUGAUCGAGAUGAGCAAAGAUAUUGGCUACCGCUACCCAUUUGAGGCGGGACUCUGGUAUCCGGACGGGUGCAUCACCACCAACAAACUGCACCAUAACAUCAACGUGCUUCUCUUCCACUGGUUGCCCGCUUACUUCAUCGACUUUGUGCUGCUCCUGCUUGGCCAGAAGAGAUUUAUGGUCCGCCUCCAGACCCGCAUCGCUGUGGGUCUCGAGGUGCUGCAGUUCUUUACGAUGAGGGCCUGGUUCUUCAAAUCGGACGCCUACUCGUCCCUCUGGAACAUCAUGAACGAUGAGGACAAGAAAAACUUCAACAUGGACAUGGACCCCGUUGAGACUGUGCCCAUGUACAUCGAGUCGUGUGUCCAGGGCGGGCGGCAGUAUCUGAUGAAGGAGUCUCCCGACAGCCUGCCCCGUGCACGGCUCCAGCUGAAGCUCAUGUACAUCUUGGACCGCUUGUGCAAGACGGUCAUCGUGGGCUCCCUGUGCUACUGGACCUACGUCUCGCCCGCUGCCUAUGAGCCAAUUCCCGGUUGGGUGGACAAUAUGAAUGGACCCACCGGUCUGAUGAUCGGCUGCGGCAAGGGCGUCAUCCGAUCCGUGCUGGUCAAUCAGGAGUACAAGGCAGAGGUCAUACCCGUCGACUAUGCCAUCAACGGCCUGAUUGUGAUCCCCUACGAGUUCAACAAGCAGGCCAAGCGCCCGUCCCAGGUGCCCGUCUACAACAUCACCAAUGCGGAUCACAGGAAGAUGACCAUGGGCACCGUGGUGGAGCUGAGCAAGCGCAUCAACAGGCAGAUACCCCUCAACGCAGGCCUUUGGUAUCCGGACCCCUGCGUAACCACCAACAGAUUUUAUCACAAUAUUAAUGUGGCGCUCUUCCACUGGCUGCCCGCCUACUUCCUCGACUUCCUUCUGCUCUUGUUUGGCCAGAAGAGAUUCAUGGUGAGAGUGCAGCAGAAAAUCUCCACGGGCCUGGGCGUACUUCAGUUCUUCACCCUCACUGCCUGGUCCUUCCGCUCCGAAUUAUAUUGCUCGUUGUGGAACAAACUCAACGAGGAGGACAAGGCGAUAUUCAACAUGAACAUGAACGUCAAGGAGACCGAAGACGACUACAUGGAGCAGUGUGCCCUCGGAGCUCGUAAAUUCAUACUGAAGGAGAAGGAGGAAGACAUACCCUCUGCUCGUCUGCAUAUGAAGAUUCAAUAUGUAGUGGAUGUCGUGUGCAAGACCCUCAUUGUGGGCCUGUUCCUUUACUAUGUCCUCAAGUGGACAGGGGUGCUGGCUCUGUUUUGAGACCAAGGAUUCUGGAUACUCAUUGGUUUGGUGGUCACAGGCAUUUACUUAGUCAAAAAUCUUAGUCAUAGUUACGCAUAUUCGAGGUUAUGAUUCCAAAUAAAAAUGAUUCUAGGUUGUUGUAAAUACAUCUAUCUCCA